CAAGGGUUUGGUGGCACAUUUUGGGGUUCAUUUGUGUAAUAGUCAGCUGCCAUGGGGUUCAAGCACUUGGUGAUUGUUAGGUUUAAAGAAGAUACUGUGGUGGAGCAGAUUAUGAAAGGGUUGGAGAAGCUGGUUUCUGAGGUUGAUCUUGUCAAGACCUUUGCUUGGGGAGAGGAUUUGGAAAGCCCAGAGAUGCUUACACAAGGCUUUACUCAUGCCAUCUCAAUGACUUUCGACAAGAAGCAAGACUACACUGCAUUUCAAACUCAUCCUAAUCAUGUCGAGUUUUCUGCUUCAUUUUCAGCUGCUAUUGAGAAAAUUGUUGUUCUUUGUUUCUCAUCUGUUCAGGUUAAACCAGCUAUUGCAUGAUCUAUGAGAUCUAGAAAUUAACAAUAAGAAAAUGGUAUUUGUGGUCUUAUGAUAUAUGUGUGUGUAUCAACUUAUGUGUGUUAGCUUUUGUAUGUAUAAAUAAGUGUUGGCGGCUAUUAUUUCCUGCAACUACAUCUCCAUGUAAUUUCAACAUCAACCCUUGUAUCAAGGAAAUGUUUUUAUUGUUGUAUGUUUA